AUGAGCUUGUCGUUAUUGGAAGAGGAGGAGGAGCAGUGCGAGUGCGAUUCUAUCGGGAGCGGCUUACCCGGAACAUCAGGCUAUCGGUUGAAGUUCACGAGCGCACACGGCGCGGAGGUGUCGCCAUGGCACCAGCUUCCACUCCCAGCUUCCGUUCCCGUUCCCCCACCUCCCUCUCCUUCCGCCAGCGAUCCCGACGCGCCAUGCCUCGCGCAACGGCCUGGCCGCGUUUCGCCACCCUCGAUAUCCCACUCGUCGCCGGGCAGGGAGCACGCGAAUUUCGCGGAGCUCCUUGCGCCGUCGCCGCGUCGAUCCGCGUGCCCCGCGCCGCUUCGUUUCGUCUGUCAGACGCCGCGCGGCUCCGUCGUGGCCUUCGACGUCGCGACGGACGAGCCUGCGACGCCGCUCCGCUUACGACGCGCCCCGACCGGCUCUACCACCACCACCACCACACGUUCCGCCGCCAGUCGAUCUCCUAGUUCCUCUCCCCCCCGCCUUGCGCGCCCUCUAGCCCUCGCCGCGCCCUGCAGUUGCGGGUUCCUUCCCCAGACGUGCGCGCUGGAGCUUCCCCGCGCGCUGCUGUCCGCGGAGGGGGGAGGGGUGGCGGAGAAGGUGGAUUGCGCGGAGGCAGGAGCGAUGCCGAUGAUGGCGGUGGAAAUAGGGUUGAGUGAGACGUGGACGGGGGAUGUGCGACGCGUCAUUCCCCUCGCCGCCAUGACAGUAUGCGUUCCUGGAUCUCGGGGCAACGGCAACGCUACCGAGGUCGCGAGCGAGAUCGCAGCCGUUUCUGACGGCGCGUUGUCCGGGAAAUCCGAGGCGCAUGCGAGCCGCGGCAUGGCCGCGACCCGCGACGAUGAUACUGACGGGACCUACGGCCGCAUGAUGUGGGUGGUUGUGACUAUAGCGACGGAUGAUCCUGAAGCGGGAGAUGUGUGGCGGUUCAUGCGGAAGGCGAGCGAGGCGACGAUCGAGGGGAUUGUGUCCGGUGUGAGGCGGUGGCUGGAAGACGUGUACCUGCUAACACACAUGGCGCCGCAAGGUGCUGACACAGCCUCCUUCCAGCCGUCAAGCGGGUACAUACUGCCAGCGAAGCUCACUUCCCGACUACUCAUCAAAGCGCACGAAGCGUGGAAGAAAGCGCUGCCGUCCCUCAACCCGUGCCAACGAGAACCAGUGCAGCCGCAGCGCCACCAGCAGUCGUCACCGCUGGAGCUUCAGCGUUCCGCAUUCAGCCCUAGCUCCAAGCAACAACUCCAAUCCAAGCCACCAGUAGCAGUACCAGUGGUGGGUGUCCAACCAAAGCAGCAGACAUAUUCCCCUCGUCCGCCCAGAAGCUCGCCUUCCACUGCUUCUCCAAAGCCCCCCAGGCAUCGCGGCCAUCUGUCACUACCAGCCAAGGGGGCUCCCAAGCAGGACACGCUUGGAAGAAGGCAAGAGAGCCUUCCGAGUCUGUUCUUGUUCGAACCGGAUAAUGUUGUUCCAGAAGAUCGCCCUUUUGGAUUGUGCUUGUCGGAAGAUACAUUGGUGCCUUCUGGUGGGAGCCAUGGGGGUGAGGAUGAGGGUGGUGUUGAUCUGUUUCAGUCAGCGCUGUCAGUCUCUCCUGAGUUGCACAGCAGGCGGAGCAGCAGCAGUGGCAGCAGCGCGUUUGGGAGCUUUGAUGGGGAGGAGUGUCUGUCCAGUGCAGGCAGCUUGGAUCUUGACGGAGGGAUAGCUGAUGUUCUGAAAUGGAGACAAGCAUCGAAGAAAGGGCUCAGUCCAAGGAGGUCACGGCAUGGUGAAGGGGCUGUGCGCACCAGUGUGGAGGGAGGGCAGCAGUACAAUAUGAACAAUAACUCCGUGCGUGGUCUUCCGGAAAGCUUGCCAGAAGCUGAGCCAGUGCUAUUCCUCCGAGAGACUUCAAUUUCCCGCAGUAGCUCAAACGCUCGCAGGCGAACUGUGCGGUUUGAUGAGGUGGUGGAGGUGCACGUGUUUGAGAGCACGGGGGAGGCCGAGCUGGAAGGUGGGGGCUGGUGGGAUGCUCCAUAUUUGGGGGAAGAGGAAGAUUACGUCGACGAGGAAGAAGAGGAUGCACUUGGUGGACAUGAUGACAAGUGCAGCUAUAAUAGAACGCUUAGUCUCUCCAAACGACUGCUGACCGCGCGAGCAGCAGGGCGCGGAUGUGGAGCCAGCGGAGAACCCUUAGUUUUUGCUGAACCGGACGCGCGGACGGCGAUGGAGAUAGGGGCGCCCUUCGACGUGAAGCACGUGGUCCACGUCACCUUCGACCGUUACAAGGGUUUCAUCGGCCUGCCAGAUGAACUUCUCGCCCAUGUCGACGCCGUCCCGCCCAGCGCUAGUUUGUCGGUGUUCGGCGUGCGGCCCGUGGCGAUGCACUACUCGGUGGACGCGCACGGCACCAGCGUGCCGUCCAUUCUGCUGCUGCUGCAGUCGCGACUCUACCAGCUCCACGGCCUCUCUGUGGAGGGUAUAUUCCGCAUUGCGGCGCAGAUGGAGGACGAGGACGGCGUGCGGUCGCAGCUUAGCUCGGGCGUGCUUCCGCCCAACCUCGACGUGCACAGCCUCGCAGGGCUCAUCAAGGCGUGGUUCCGCGAGCUACCAGAGGGGCUAUUAGACCUGUUCACGCCGCACCAGGUGGCGGGGGCGACGGAGGAGGCGGCGGCAACAGCGCUGGCGGCGACGCUGCCGGCCAUCCAUCGCGAGCUGUUAGACUGGGUGGUGAAUCUCAUGGCGGAUGUGGUGGAGCACGAGGCGGAGAACAAGAUGAACGCAAGGAAUAUCGCGCUCGUCUUUGCGCCCAACAUGACCCAGGUGAUCGACCCCAUGAUAGGGCUACAGCAUGCUGUGCGGGUAAUGGAGUUCCUGAGAGCACUCGUGGAGAAGCGGCGGAGCGAGCGAGCAGCCAUGGGGGCGUCGUUACCAGAGCUCACACGAGCAGGCGGGGACUCGACAGGGGGCGAGGGGGCAGGGGGGCAGGGCGGGUGA